AUGGGACUGAAAUCAAACGUGGCCCUGCUGCUCUUACAAAUCGUGCUUUAUCGCCAACAGGAGCUAUUACACAUGGACAAAACCCUUGAUAACGAUCAGUUACUUGCUGACCCUGUCCUCGACGAAAUGAUUUUGUCUAAGUUUGCGAAUCACCGCCUGGUCCGAAUGUACGCACCUGAGCUUUCAGGCAUCCAACUACGAACAUUGAAAGGCAUUGUUCGCGAGCUCUUUGAGCAAGGGUUGCCCGACGAUGAUGUUCCAGUGACAGUUGUUACAUUGGCGAAUCAUUUUUACUACACACGAGUUCAGGAGCUUGAAAGAGAACAGAUACCGGAACUCAAGGCUAAAGUACAAGAGCUACAAAAUGAAAGGGAGCAGGAGCGAACUUGA